CAUUGCAUUCCAUUCCAUCCCAUCAAUCCAAACAAUGGAAUUUUAUUAUAUACCAUCUCAUUCCAUUCUAUUCCACUACAACCCAUCAAUCCAAACAUAGCCUAAAGGAUAAACAAACCCUAGAAAACGUGAAGAAGUUAACUAUUGAGAUCCAUCGCCUCCGUUGUAUACUCCCAUCGUUCUAGAUUCAUUCAUUCAUUCCACUCUUACUUCUACUCAGAUUCAUAAUCUCAAUCACAACUCUAAGGUAUAUAUCCAAAUGUCUAAUUCAGCGGAUGAGAUAACGAUUCCGCCGCAGCUGACGAAGAAAGUUAAGCUCAGCAGCGAGUGUGAAAAUGAAGAUAGACUCAGUGACUUGCCCGAAAGUGUUAUCCUUCACAUUCUCUCCUUUCUGAACACCAAACAUGCUGUUCAAACUUGUGUUUUAUCCCCAAUAUAUAAAGAUCUUUGGAAACGUCUUCCUGCUCUUACAUUGCAUAAUAGAGACUUUCGUAAUUUCAAGAUAUUCACCACAUUCGUGUCUAAGAUUUUAUCUCUUCGUGAUUCCUCUAUCUCACUUCAGUCUCUUGAUUUUCAGCGUCAUAAUGGCCGCUUUGAGCCUCAACUUAAAAAGAUUGUGAAUUACGCUAUUUCACACAAUGUCCAGCGGUUACAACUUUGUGUCAAUUGUGACAUUGCGCAAAUUCCUCAUAGCCUAUUUUCAUUUCAGCCUUUAACACAUCUUGAGCUUUCUAUUGUGCAACGUGAUAGACAUAGUGAAACAGAGUUCCCAAACUCAUUCAGUUUGCCUGCAUUAACACAUCUACAGCUUUCUGUUGCGCAAAGGGAUAGAAAUCUUAAAACUCAGUUCCUAAACUCUCUUAGUUUGCCUGCAUUAACACAUCUAAUGCUUUCUGGUUAUUCAAAUCUGUUUCCGGAUUCUCUUGAUUUACCGGCGUUAACUAGCUUGCAACUAGGGCACUUUACGUUUUGUGUCAGUGGUAACAAUUGCGCUGAACCAUUUUCUAACUUUAGUAGGUUGAGUAGUUUGCUCAUUUCUGAUUGUACCGUGAAAGGUAAACUUUGUAUAUCAAGUGCGACGCUUGUUAAUUUUACGAUGUACAAUCACUCGGAAGACUUUUACAUGAUUGAGCUAUGCACUCCAAGUCUUUGUGCGUUUACUUUUAAUGGUACUCCUUAUCAGAGAAUCAUUGGGAGCAAUAUUUCUUCUCUUAAACAUGUAGAUAUCCAUGCAGAAAUACAUUCAGAUACUGAGGCACCUCCUCUGUUUCUAUACAGCUGGCUCCUAGAGUUUGCUGAUAUAAAAUCAUUGACAGUCACUGCAACUGCUCUUCAGGUUCUCUGCUUAUUUCCUGAUCUGUUAAAGCAUAAACACCGUUCCUUGGGUAAGUUGAAGUCAAUGAAAGUGGAAAUUGAUGAAAUUUUGUAUGGACUUCGCUUGACACUAUGCGAGUACAAGUUAAAGACAGUGAAGUCAAAGAAAGAAGCUACCAGGAUAAAAAAAGCAUAUGCAUCAGGAUCGGAACCGUCUCCACCAGUACCUGAUGGGAUAGUGGACUUCUUGCGUCAAAAUUCGCCCACAGCAAAAGUUGACUUCAUAGAUUGCACAAAAAAAUCUGAACCUGGUUGUUAUAAUCCUUCAGAGUUCAGAUGCAAUGCAAGUAUGGACAUACAUACUAGGCAAAGUUUAUUAGAAGAUAUUAAGUGAUCCAUUGUGUUGGGGGUUAUGGACAAUGGUCCCUUUGUCAGAUAUUAUUCAUGUAGAUCUAGAAGCAAUGGUACAAGACAGUUGAGAAAGUUGUGCAACAGUAUUUAGUAUUCAAAAUUGAUGUUGGUGACUUGAAGUGCCGAAUUUUGUUUAUGUAUGCACAGAUCAGAUUAAGCAUGCACAAUUCCAUUGACAACUACUUUAAUCUCGAAUUUUUAUUCUUGUAUUGUAUUAUAAUGUAUUGCAUUACUUUGAUGUUGAUUUGUAUUCAUUGAAUGUGAUUUCACCGCUGAACUAUGUAUGCUUAAUCUGAUAUGAGGAAUUGUGGGCUAGGGAAUUUGGCAUUUCAGGAACUUACGAUGGUAUUUAUAGUGUGUCAAUGGAACACUGAUUUCAUGUCCUCCAAUGUUUCAGUUCCAAAUUCCAAUACUGCCAUUUGAACAUACUUUGUAUGCUUUACAA